UACCCUUUGCAGCAGAGCCUCAGCAUCAUUUUUCGCACUGUUGCUCAUUCGUUUUCUCCCACUCUUUUCCACUCAUUCCUUCUCCCCCUCGCGAUCUGAUUCCCCAGCCCCUCCUCCCCGCAUAGGAAGCAAGGAAUACUCUGGUUCUGUCCCUGUCCCUGUCUGACAAGCAGCUCCUCACCCUGGUCUCGCGUGCUGAAAAAUAUAACCAUCGCUUUAAAUAAUUGACCCAACAAUGCCGAUCGCACGCUGGGCAUUUGAUAUUCGGCAGCCGCUCCUGCUCGAGCAUAUCGAGCCAUUGGUGACCUCGCUCACCGCCGACAACGGGCCUAACAUCGUGCCAGUGACCAACCUGCUCAAUUUCCUGCCAAAAAUCGAGUGCGAUCGCAUUCUCCGGUUCCGAGCUGAGGAUGACAUGCGAAGGGCCCUGAUCGGUCGCUUGAUGAUCCAUGCCUUCUUUGCAGCCCACCAUGGUUGCCACUGGGAGGAACUUGUCUUUUCCAGAUCCGAGACAAACAAGCCUAUCUUGCUGAAGCCAGAUCACCUGAGAAAUAUCAGCUUCAACAUCUCGCAUCAUGGAAAUUGGGUCCUCUUGGUCGGCGACACCUCCGUGGAGAGUACGCUCCGUCUCGGGAUUGAUGUCAUGGACUUUCAGAAGCAGGUCCCAGAAGAAUCAUUCGACACAUUUUUACGCUGCUUCCAGGAUCAGUUUACGAAAGGAGAGUUAGCGUUCAUGAAUAGCGCGCCCUUAGACCAGGACGCGUCCUCGAGAAGUGAUGAUCAAUUCAGGCGAUUUUACAGGCUGUGGUGUCUCAAGGAAUCGGUUGUCAAGACAUUGGGCGUCGGGAUCGACUUUAACCUGCAGUCGUUCGAGUUUGUGAUCCAAAACGAGGAAGAGGUUCUUGAGCCAACGCUGUCAACUAGGAUGGAUGUGUAUGUGCCUUCAGAUCUGCUUCCUCGAGAGGGUUGGUUCUUUGAGGAGGCACUGCUGGAUCAAGACCACUGCUAUGCGAUCGCGGCCCUGACGGAUACGCCAGAGAGUGUGGAGCAAGGUUCGGUCAUGGACGGAUCGGUGAUUACGCGAUUGGAUUGGAAGGAGCUGCUCAAGGAUGCGGUUCCAUACCCAUUCUCAUAAUCUUUUUUUUUUCUGGUUUAUUUUUUUCCUCUCGUAUUUGCGUAUGGCAGUAUUGCGUUAUGUCGUCUUUUUGUUUUAUCUGCUAUUCAUAUUUGGAUCGCUUAAUCCCAUCCACUUUCAUCUCCCCUCCCCCUCUUCCCUUUUUUUUUCUUGUAAGGACAUUUGGGUUCAUUUGUAAAGCAAUAAAAAAGUUGUUGUCUGGGCGCUUCAUAUUAAGCUGCAAAAAUAUCGGUGGGUUUAGACACGUGUCACUUGGCCCGAGCGUCACCCCUUUGAGCGCGUGCAUCAAUUUUGGUGGCAAAGUGAGCACAAACGUAGAAUUCAAGGGACCGAAAUGAGUAUCUUCUUUCCCCCCCCCCCUCCCCCCAUUGUGCACA